UAAAUUAAAUAAAUAGAUGGCGCUACUGCCCGUACUAAAAUCAUCAUCAUCAUUAUCAUCAUGCAACUUCCACCAUAAAAUGAUUAAAAUCACACAUCACCACCCCACCGCAACUCCAGUUUUAAAACAGAAUAAUAAUAGCUGGCCUAAAAGAAAUCAAUUUUGUUCAUUAUCAAAAUCGAGAAUAUGUUGCAAGGUUUCCUCCUCAGCUGCUACUUAUUCUUCAAGAAUUGCUACUGAUAUUUACCUCUACGAAUCCCCUCACGCUUCGUUUGAUGAGUAUUUAGAGGAUAAACCAAGAGUAUUCAAAGCCAUAUUUCCUGAUAAACGUCGAAGCCAACAACUUAAUCAUGAAGAAUGGAGAGUACAUAUGUUACCUAUACACUUCUUUUUCUUGACCUGUAAUCCAGUGGUCGAUAUGCGGUUAAGAUGUAAAACGGGUGGGUAUGAUUACCCCACCGGAGUUCCGCCCCAAAUCACCAAAGUUCUUGAUCUUGACAUUAUACGAUGGGAGCUUCUUGGGUUAGAAGAUAUUGUCAAGCCGUCUGAGUUCUCUCUUGGAGUUAAAGGGGCGUUGUAUCCUUUUAGACAAGGAAACAAGAGUCGGCUUAAAGGUCAAUUAACUAUGAGUAUAACGUUUGAUUUACCUCCCGUGCUUUCUUUGAUACCAGAGGAUGUUCGCAGAGAUGUAGCAGAGACGGUGUUGAAGCGACUAGUGGAGAACAUGAAGGACAAAGUGAAUGGUAGUCUGCUUGCUGAUUAUAGCAGAUUCAAGACAGAACGGGCGAUGAAACUAGUUUGAGCUAGCAUGAUUGCAGACUGGUCGGGAUUCACCAUUUUUCUGUGCAGAGAUAAUUGUGUGUAAAGAACCUGUAAAAAUGUUGUGUUCCUCUUAUUUUCCCUGUACUUUGCAUAACAGAAUAAUAUAAGAGAUUAUUUGAACAUCGCCUAGAAA